AUGUUGAAAAUUUUGAAAAAACAAAGAAACACCAAUCUCAGACAGGGAGUGUGGUGUCUUACAAGAUUCAAACCAAUUGCAGAAAAGAUGUGGAGUUUGGACGCUCUUGUGUUUGGUUACUACUUGACCCACAUACCCGUGACAUUGGUAAUCGAUGCCUCGGUGAUUAUCCCAAAACAAUACCACUCGCAACUCACUUCGUUCCUAGUCCAAUUCCACACGUCGCAAAACAAGGAUAUCGUGUUGCUUUACCCCCAGAUCUGGUUCAAGACAUUUAUAUUAGUCGAAGUCGUCUUCCAGUUGCCCUUAUUUGUCUACUUUUGUUACAAGUACUUGAAACGGCAAUUGGAUGCUCGUUAUUAUGCUUGGUCUUUGAUUUAUGGCUUCAAUGCUAGCUUCACUACUUUUGUGUGCAUGGUUUAUAUUUGCAUGGAGGGCGGAAAUUUCGGACUAAGUGAAGUUGAAGCUGUUAAGCUUGUGGCGGUCUAUUCUCCGUAUUUGUUUUUCCCUUUGGUUAUCUUGGUUCAUGCUUUCCAAAAGCUUACUUUGAAGGCCAAAGUGGAGUGA